AUGCUCCCUUCCAAUGACACUCAAUUUCACCCCUUGUUCUUCCUUUUACUGGGAAUCCCAGGAUUAGAAGAGAUGCACAUCUGGAUUGGCUUUCCUUUCUGCUCUGUGUAUCUGAUUGCACUCUUGGGAAACCUCACUAUCCUUUUUGUAAUUCAGACUGAGCGCAGCCUCCACCAGCCAAUGUUCUAUUUUCUGGCCAUGUUGUCUACAAUUGACUUAGCCUUGUCCACGUCUGUCAUCCCCAAAAUGUUGGGAAUCUUCUGGCUUAAUAAGAGAGAGAUUAGCUUUGGGAGUUGUGUUGCCCAGAUGUUCUUCAUUCACAUGUUCACUGCUAUGGAGACUUUUGUGCUUGUGACCAUGGCUUUUGAUCGCUAUGUUGCCAUAUGCCACCCCCUUCGAUAUCAUAUGAUACUAACCAACAGAGCCAUUGCUGUCAUUCUAGCACUUUUGAUCCUGAUUAAUUUCUUUCUGAUAUUUCCAGUGGUGUUUCUUGUCUUGAGGCUGCCCUUCUGUGGGCACCACAUCAUCCCUCAUACCUACUGCGAGCAUAUGGGUAUUGUCCGGUUGUCUUGUGCUAACAUUAAAAUCAACAUUGUAUUUGGAUUAGUUAUUAUAGCUGUGAUAUUUGGGGAUGUGAUCCUUAUCACUAUAUCUUAUAUAAAGAUACUCCAUGCUGUCUUUCACCUCCCAUCCAGGGAUGCUCAGCUCAAAGCUCUCAAUACCUGUGGCUCCCACAUCUUUGUGAUCUUAUCUUUCUUUAUCCCAGCCUUCUUCUCUGUUCUCACUCAUAGAUUUGGACAUAAUGUUCCCGGAUACAUCCAUAUUCUCCUGGCUAAUCUUUAUAUGGUUGUACCUCCUGCACUCAAUCCUGUCAUCUAUGGAAUCAGAACAAAACAAAUCCGUGAACUGGUGCUGAGACUAUUUAAGAAAGCCUGGUUUUCAUCACUGUAA